AUGUGCUUCCUGCGACUCCAGGUGGACGUACUGGUCGACAAAGCACCGAUACUGAGGCAGGAUUCAACACCGGCGUGUCUCGCCGAGCUCGAGCGAAGACGAUCCGACAUUCGAACGGAUGGAGGCGUUGGGGUGAACAGACUAGGUGUUGUCGGACCGCUCGUGGAGCAGCUUGUGCGACUGUUGCCGGUGAGCUGCAUUCCAAUAACGCGCACCGAGAGUGCUGUAGCUUGGUACCAAUCAUACCCACAUAGUUGACUGCGGAACACCGAUACUGGUACGUUUUCACAACAGCCUGGCAUCUCCUCACUCGUUCUAUCAACAAUGAAGUUGAGCGAAGAACAAUUCCACGAUGGUUACAAUGAUAUCAUGUCGUGCCUUCUUUCCUACAAGUGAUGCCAUAAAGUGUGACCCUCUCGACCGAUUUUCAAAGCUCGAUUAUUCAACGCCGACGAGGAUGCCGAAAUUGAAGUGCACGUUUUCGGAGAGCUCUCGUUUGAGAUGGUUCCAACGCCUAACG